UGCUGAGCAGACAGUGGCCUUGUUUCUCAUUGGAGAGGGCCGUUGUAAUAGGAUAGUUUAGGGAUUACAGGUAAGACGCCCAAGACCUCUAACGUUGGCCAGAUGCAGUGUGUCUCACCAGCUAUGGGCAUGGAGGUUCACCACUGAGGGGACACUACGGGGGGAUCACCACCAAACAACCCGGACUGACCUCUGCUAACGGACUACAACAUACAGAACAGCGGCUGCAUUGUUGUUCGGAUGCAAUCGAUUCGAUCUCGUAUUCUGACAAAGAAAGGGAACUUCACGGAUUACACAGAGUUAGCUGUUGUUGCACAGAUCCUCUGAAGCUCCAGCAGUUCCAGCUCCUCUUUCAGAGAGUGCACCGUUUGAACACUUCUGUGUGUUCUCACACUCUUCCAGCCUUCCUUUCUCUCAGGUUUACACCACAACACUCUUUCACAAUGGUUGUGGGUAAGAUGAAGCUGACUUUUCAGAAAAGGGUGCAGCUGGCCCAGGGUUUAUGGCUGCUCUCGUGGUUUGCAACUCUGGGUGGAGCCGUUACCUUCACUUUAGGAUGCUUCCUAAAGACUGAGCUUCGAAGGAGGGGAGAGGUAAUGGACAACACAGACAUCCACUGUGUGCCCAACACCUUGAUGAUCGUGGGUCUGGCUUCAAUGGGCAUCAACUACUUUGCCAGUCGAAUCUGCCAGGACGCCCUGGAUCCCGGCCGUUUCCCGCGAUGGAAGACCUACCUGAAGCCCUUUUUUGGAUGCUCGGUCUUCUUCAGCACCCUCAUGCUGCUUUCAGUCAUCCUGAGUUACGCCAUGAAGGGCAGCCUGGAGUCCUCGCUGAAGAUCGGGCUGAAGAAUGGCAUCCGCUUCUACAAGGACACCGAUACCCCCGGCCGCUGCUUCCAGAAGCAGACCAUCGAUCGCCUUCAGAUGGAGUUCCAGUGCUGCGGGAACAGCAACUACAAGGACUGGUUCGAGGUGCAGUGGAUCAGCAACCGUUACCUGGACUUCAGCUCGAAGGACGUCAAGGACCGCAUUAAGAGCAAUGUGGAUGGCCGUUACUUGAUCGACGGUCUGCCCUUCAGCUGCUGUAACCCUAGUUCUCCCAGACCCUGUAUCCAGUACAGAAUCACCAACAACACCGCCCACUACAACUACGAGCACCAGACCGAAGAGCUCAACAUCUUCAUCCGUGGCUGCAGAGAAGCCCUGGUCAACUAUUACAUGGGGCUGAUGAACACGAUUGGAGCUGUAGUUCUGUCCGUCUUUCUGAUUCAGUGCUCAGUGUUGGCCAGUGUGCGCCUCCUGCAGACGUCUAUGGAGGCCGUGGCUGGACAGGAGAAUGUGGAGAUCGACACCGAGGGCUACUUGCUUGAGAAGGGAGUGAAGGAGACCUUCAUGGAGUACGUGGAUCCUGUGCUGAAGCUCCUGUUGCUGAACCAGGUGGCCCCUCCUGAAGCCAAACCGGAAGCAGGGGCCGCCAGCUAAAGAGUCAGAUUCACCUGAUCAGUUUUAAUGACCUACAUCUCAAAGAGUCGUGUAAAUCAUUAAUACACUAAAAUGGUUGUUUCUAAAAUACAUUAACAGUAUCAACAUUGCACCCAAUGUCAUUAGAAGUCUUUUGAACGAUGAAUGAUUCCACUCUGAAGCACCUUACGUUUCAUGGCAAAUAUAUGAUAUCGCAAGCCUCACGAUGAGUAAACGUCUGUUCAUUCCUGUCGGGAGAAACUCGCCUGGGAAAUAACUAGCAAUAUGCUUAAAUCUCCACUAUGAAUGGUUGAAUAUUUGAGUGACGGUGCAGUUUCUUAACAGAAAGUUCGAUUAUAAUUCUUUCCCGUUUCUUUACAAAAUCAUGUCAUAUGCCUAAAAGAGGCUGUUUUGUAAUACCAAUGCUAUUGAUGUUUGUAAAUGAUUGGAACAACAUACCCUUG